GUGUGGCCCCUGCCUGAGGAUAGCUCCAGCCUUCAAUGCCCUGAGCAACAAGUACCCCCAGGCCACGUUCCUGGAGGUGGACGUGCAUCAGUGCCAGGGCACAGCUGCCACCAACAACAUCUCAGCCACCCCCACGUUCCUGUUCUUCCGGAACAAAGUGCGGAUCGACCAGUACCAGGGAGCAGACGCCGUGGGCUUGGAGGACAAAAUCAAGCAGCACCUGGAGAACGACCCUGGGAACAGCGAGGACACAGACAUCCCCAAGGGAUAUAUGGACCUGAUGCCCUUCAUCAACAAGGCUGGGUGUGAGUGCCUCAACGAGAGCGACGAGCACGGCUUCGAGAACUGCCUGCGCAAGGAUUCCUCCUACCUGGAGUCAGACUGCGACGAGCAGCUGCUCAUCACAGUAGCUUUUAGUCAGCCCGUCAAGCUCUACUCGAUGAAGCUACAGGGGCCAGAUAAUGGGCAAGGGCCAAAAUACGUGAAGAUGUUCAUCAACCUGCCGCGCUCGAUGGAUUUCGAGGAGGCCGAACGCAGUGAGCCCACCCAGGCCCUGGAGCUCAGCCCCGAGGACAUCAGGGAGGAUGGGAUCGUCCAGCUCCGCUACGUCAAAUUCCAGAACGUCAACAGCGUCACUUUGUUCGUGCAGUCCAAUCAUGGGGAUGAGGAGACGACGCGGAUCACAUACUUCACGUUCAUCGGCACUCCGGUGCAGGCCACGAACAUGAACGACUUCAAACGAGUAGUUGGCAAGAAAGGAGAGAGCCACUAG